GCCCUUGGCAUACAGCACGCUAGCAGACCUGGUGCACCAUGUUAGACAGAACCUCCCAUUGACGGACCUCUCUCUGGCUGUGCAACUGUUUGCUAAGAAUAUUGAUGAUGAGUCCCUACCCAGCAGUAUCCAAACCAUGUCCUGUAAGCUGUUGCUAAACCUUGUAGACUGCAUCCGGUCAAAGAGCGAACAGGAGAAUGGAAAUGGCAGAGACAUUCUCAUGAGAAUGCUGGAGGUUUUUGUUUUGAAGUUCCACACCAUUGCACGGUACCAGCUGGUAUCUCUCUUUAAGAAGUGCAAGCCCCAAUCAGAGAUGGGUGUGGUGGACCCAGGGACAUUACCAGGAGUCCCAGCCACCCCUACUGUAACUACACCCGCCUUACCUCCACCUGCACCCCCAACACCCGUCACCCCCGCACCACCUCCGGCCACACCUUUUGAUCGACCUGGGGACAAGGAGGACAAACAGACCUUCCAGGUGUCCGACUGUCGCAGUCUGGUGAAGACUCUUGUAUGUGGAGUGAAAACUAUCACAUGGGGCAUCACUUCUUGUAAAGCUCCUGGAGAGGCACAGUUCAUUCCCAACAAGCAACUCCAGCCCAAAGAAACACAGAUUUACAUCAAGCUGGUCAAAUAUGCCAUGCAGGCCUUGGACAUCUACCAGGUACAGAUUGCUGGCAAUGGACAGACGUACAUUCGUGUGGCUAACUGUCAGACGGUGCGGAUGAAGGAGGAGAAGGAGGUUUUAGAGCACUUCGCGGGAGUCUUCACCAUGAUGAACCCUCUCACUUUUAAAGAGAUCUUCCAGACCACUGUUCCAUACAUGGUGGAACGCAUAUCCAAAAACUAUGCCCUACAGAUUGUUGCAAAUUCCUUCCUGGCCAACCUGACUACCUCUGCACUGUUUGCCACAAUUUUGGUGGAGUAUCUGUUGGAGCGUCUGCCUGAAAUGGGCUCCAAUGUAGAGUUGUCAAACCUUUAUCUCAAACUCUUCAAACUGGUCUUUGGUUCAGUGUCUCUCUUCGCUGCUGAAAAUGAGCAGAUGCUCAAGCCUCACCUUCAUAAAAUAGUGAACAGUUCCAUGGAGCUGGCCCAGUCUGCUAAGGAGCCCUAUAACUACUUCCUGUUGCUGAGAGCCUUGUUCCGCUCAAUAGGGGGAGGCAGCCAUGACCUCUUGUACCAGGAGUUUCUGCCUUUGCUGCCUAAUUUGCUGCAAGGUUUGAACAUGCUGCAGAGUGGACUCCAUAAGCAGCACAUGAAGGAUCUGUUUGUGGAACUGUGUCUCACUGUCCCUGUGCGGCUGAGCUCUCUUUUGCCCUACCUGCCCAUGCUCAUGGACCCACUGGUGUCUGCACUCAACGGUUCCCAGACUCUGGUCAGCCAGGGCCUGCGCACACUGGAGCUCUGUGUGGACAACCUACAGCCUGACUUCCUAUAUGACCACAUCCAGCCAGUCCGAGCUGAACUGAUGCAGGCGUUGUGGCGAACACUUCGUAACCCUGCGGAGACCAUAUCCCAUGUUGCUUACCGGGUACUGGGCAAGUUUGGAGGAAGUAACCGGAAAAUGUUGAAGGAGUCGCAGAAGCUGCAGUAUGUGGUGACCGAGGUUCAAGGCCCCAGCAUCAAGGCAGAGUUCACAGACUGCAAAGCCUCCAUUCAGCUUCCCAUGGAAAAGGCUAUAGAGACUGCACUGGAUUGCCUGAAGAGUGCCAAUACUGAGCCGUAUUACAGACGACAGGCCUGGGAGGUGAUCAAAUGCUUCCUCGUUGCCAUGACCAGCCUGGAGGACAACAAGCACGCCCUUUACCAGCUCCUCGCCCAUUCCAA